AUGAAUCCAUUAAAUACAAUAAAUAAUAUAACUACAAAAGAAACUGUGCCCUUAUUAACUAUUCAAGAAGCAAACUCAAAUCUUUUCUCUGAUAAUUCAGGUCUAAAUAUUAUGCACGUUAAUAUUAGAAGUCUUAUAAAACACAUAUCUGAUCUUGAAUGCCUUAGUGCUGCUCUAAAUAAUAAUAAUCAUAUCAUAAUAACAACCGAAUCAUGGAUAAGCGAUAACUUUAAUACUAAAUUUAUACCUUUUAAAAAUUAUCAGAUAGUAGCCUCAAUUAACAAUGUGCGUAGAAGCGAUGGUAUACUUAUUUUCAUCAAAAAUGAAAUACACCAAUCAAGUACCGAAAUUACAAUAACAAACGCAAAUUGCAUGCUUACUCUAAUAACAUACAAAAAUAUAAAUUACGGAAUUAUAUCUAUAUACAGAUCCCCUAGUGGCAACUUAAUUAAAUUUAUUGAAGAACUAUAUACAACAAUCACUAAUAUUAUAAAUUCACAUAAAAAUACUACACUUAUCUUAAUAGGAGACAUAAACAUAGACCUCUUAGACACCACAAAUUCAACAGCCGCUUAUCUAGAUUUACUAAACUCAUUCGAUUUUAUUCAGCUUAUCAACCGACCCACCAGACCUCAAACCAAUACCUGUAUUGAUCAUAUAUUUAUUAAAGAUAACCAUAAACACUACAGUAUACAAGCCGCAGUUUUAGACUCUCUUAUUACAGACCAUUUCCCGAUAAUUCUACGAUUAGACAAUAAAACUACAAGCGGGAAAAAAGCCUCAAAUCAAAAUACUUACAAAUACGUUGAUUUUAACAAACUUAAAUUAAUAUCAAGCAUAACUAAUUGGAAUGAAAUUAAAUUAGCUAAAACCGUUGAAGACAAAAUAUCACUACUUACGUCACUAAUUCAAAAUAACAUAAAAAACUGUACUUCUAUAAGACCCAAAAAUAAAAACCAACUAAAACAUUGGAUCACUACUGGCAUUAUACAAUCAAUAAAAAAGAGAGACAAACUACAUACUUUAACUAGACAACAGCCAUUCAACACAGCUCUAAUUGAUAGUUAUAAAAAAUAUAGGAAUAAGCUUUCAGAUAUAAUUACGAAACAAAAACAAAAUUAUUAUAGGGAAGCAAUCUCAAAAAACAGCAAAAAUAUAAAAAAGCUAUGGUCAACAGUUAAAGAUAUAACAACCCAUACUGAACACAAAAUAACUAAUUAUAAUAUAAACAUUAAAAAUAAAAUACAUGACUCCAACUUAGACGCUACCUUAAUUGCAGACACAUUCAACUCAUACUUUAUCUCAAUGGGAAAUCCUAAUAACGUAAAUUCUAAUAAAAAACAAUGCCUUUCUGUCAAUAACAAUUCCGCUCAAUCACUAUACCUUAGAAUGACCACGAAAAAAGAAAUUAACUACACUAUUAAUAACAUGAAAGGGGACUCGGCCCCGGGCAAAGACGGAAUUACUAUAAAUAUUGUAAAACAUAUUAAAGAAUCUAUAUCAGAUAUCCUAGAACAUAUAUUUAAUACAAUCUUAGUGGAAUGUAAUAUACCGAAUUCAUUCAAAACCGCUUUAAUCACACCUAUACAUAAAGGUGGAGAUAAGUCCGAUAUUACUAAUUAUAGACCGAUCAGUCUUCUGAACGUUUUUUCAAAAAUAUUCGAAAGAAUCGUAAAAAAAAGACUUUUAACAUACCUAGAGGAGAACCUUAUUCUACCUAAAUCCCAAUAUGGUUUCAGAGAAAAUUUAGGUACUGAAGAUGCACUAGCCCAAGUCUCCAAAGACUUAUAUACCAAUCUAGAACAAAAAAACAAAUCUUUAGGAAUAUUCAUGGACCUGAGUAAAGCAUUUGACAGCAUCUCACACGACAUACUAUUAAGUACCCUACAAUCAAUAGGUAUAGUUAACAAAACUUACAGACUUUUUGAAUCCUACUUAAAUAAUAGAAAACAGCAAGUACAAAUAGGUAAUACCUUAAGUGACGAACUUAUAAUCUAUAAUGGAGUUCCCCAAGGCACUGUACUAUCGCCUAUAUUAUAUAUAAUAUAUGUAGCAGAACUAGGGAAUAUAAAUGCAAGCAUACACGGCAAACUUUUUUCAUAUGCUGAUGACACGGCUCUGAUAAUAUCAGAAUGUAGUUGGGAAAAGGCUUAUCAACACGCCGAGUCUGACAUGUUUACUAUUAACAAAUGGUUUUAUAAACACAAUUUGCGACUAAAUUUUAACAAAACAAAAUUUGUAACAUUUACACAGGACAAAAGAACCCAACCGUUAAUAAAUGAAAUUAAAAUACAUAAUCCAAACUGUAAAACUCAGAAUAAAAAUGACUUGUGCGACAUAAUAAAAAAAACUGACAAUAUUAAAUAUCUAGGCAUAAUAUUCGAUCAACAUAUGAAAUGGGAUAUUCAAAUUCAAAAUUUAAUAAUAAAAAUGCGGAAACUUAAUCACUUCUAUAUAAACGCUAAAAAAAUACUCGAUAAAUCUAUGUUACGUAUGGUCUAUUUUGCAAUGACCCAAUCAUUAUUACAAUAUGGCAUUACCGCCUGGGGCGGACUUGGAAUAGUGGCGCAAAACAAAUUAUUAACAGCACAAAAAAGCAUUAUAAAAAUAAUUCUAAACAAAUCUAAAACCUAUUCAUCAGAAAAAAUUUUUAAAGAUAUGAAUGUCUUCGACGUAAAACAAUUAUUUUAUAAAAAUGCAUUAUAUUUUACAUAUAAACUAAAAUUAAUAGAAUUUAAACAAAUCACGCGGACAACUCGCCAAAAUAACAAAAUAGCUAUUCCUAUAAUUAAAACUUUAAAAUCCAGUAGAUACUUCGGUAAAGUAGGCCUUGAACUCUUAAAUAACGUUCCUCUUCAUAUCUUAAACUGUCAAUCAUACUCAAAAUUCAAACUUCUUAUAAAAAUAUGGUUAAAAAAUUCAUACGACAUAACUUAA